CAAACCACCAUGACCAACCUUGGUUUUAAACAACUAACCACAUUGCGUCACACACACACACACACACGACGUUUCGGUUUCCAUUGCUUCUCUCUGUUUCGCUUUUCACCUUCGCACCAACGUGACUCAUGUGAGUUGUGCGACUCCCAAUCUCACUCCCAUUCUCUCUCCUCUCUCUCUCUCUACGCUUCCAAUUCUCAAAUUGCGUGACGCAACCAUGACGUCACUCUGCCGGCGCAUCCCAGUCGCCGGCACCGGCCAACUCCGCCUCCGUUGCGCUCCAAGGACCGCCGCGAUUGGCGAGGUCCACUACGGCUGCUCGCCUAAGUGGCCGACAAUAACGCUGCGACUGCCUCCGCCAGUGAAGUGCGGCGGCGCGUGGAAGAGAUCGGGCGAGAAGAAGGCGGCGGUGGCGGCGCCUCGUCCGUGCGCGGUGGGGAGACUCGCGGCGGAGAGUGGUCGGGAAAGCGGGAAUCGGUCGGCGGAGGUGGUGCUCGCCGCCGCGGUGACGGUGGUGAUGGGCGCCGGAAACAGAGUUCUGUACAAGCUCGCGUUGGUUCCGCUGAAGAACUAUCCGUUCUUCCUUGCUCAGCUCGCGACUUUCGGAUACGUUAUUGUAUACUUCUCUAUUCUGUAUAUGCGGUACCGUGCGGGCAUUGUCACUGAUGAGAUGUUAUCAGUGCCAAAAACUCCAUUUUUAGUUGUUGGUCUCUUGGAGGCUCUGGGUGCUGCCACAGGAAUGGCAGCAGGAGCAAUGCUAUCCGGAGCAUCAAUUCCAAUUUUGUCUCAGGCUUUUCUUGUGUGGCAAAUUCUCCUCUCAUAUAUUUUUCUUGGGAGGCGAUAUAAAGUCAAUCAACUAGUUGGAUGCUUUCUUGUGGCAAUUGGUGUAAUUCUUACUGUAGCAAGUGGAUCUGGUGCUGGGCAUUCAUUAAAGGAAGCUGGUAUAUUUUGGAGUCUUUUAAUGAUAGUUUCAUUUUUAUUCCAAGCAGCUGAUACUGUUCUGAAGGAAGUAAUCUUUUUGGACGCAACUCGAAAACUGAAGGGAGGUUCUUUGGAUAUGUUUGUUGUCAAUUCCUUUGGAUCUGCAUUCCAGGCAUUAUUCAUAUGCCUUCUCCUCCCCUUCUUAUCAAAAUUAUGGGGCGUCCCCUUUGGUCAACUACCAAACUAUCUUAAAGACGGUGCUGCCUGCUUUCUGAAUGUUGGGACUCUGUCAAGAGGAUGUGAUGGAGCUCCCCUGCUGCCCUUGUUGUUUAUUAUUGUCAACAUGGGCUUCAAUAUCUCAUUGCUUCAUCUCCUCAAGAUCUCUUCGGCCGUUGUCUCUUGUCUAGCCUCCACAUUUUCAGUCCCAAUAGCAAUCUAUGUGUUCACGCUGCCAUUGCCAUACAUCGGUGUUGCCUCUUCUCUUCCAGCAGGCUUUGUUGCAGGGGCCAUCAUUCUGAUCAUAGGAUUACUCAUUUAUGCAUGGACCCCUUCAAAUAGUUCCUCCACUGCAUCCAUCCCCUAGAAAAGCUUGGAGGAUUUGAAUCUCAAUAUCUUCACCAUUGCCCCAAGUCCAAAAGGAUAGGUUGCACCAAUCCUUAUUACAGCAAAUGGUACAACCAUGAAAUGACUCAGGUCCACUCUUUCGUGAUUGAUGAUGAUCACAAGAUGGAGAAAUAAAAAUCAUAUACUCUUUCUUUAAUAAAGUGCUAGUCCAAUGAGAAAAAAAGGAAAUGGAAAGUGAAAUUCUCCUAAGCUUGCCCGAGUAAAUAUGAAAGCAUAUAGGUCUUUUUUUUAUCAA